CCGCAUUGCACCGCCGUUGUCCGAAAUAGGGAUAUAUUUCCUCAGCGGUGGGAUACCAUUCGCCAAGACGAUCUAAUGUCAGGUAGUAUUGCGAAACUCCGCCCAACUCCGACUUCUCAUCUUCUUCUCUUACGAUGGUUAACCCAAUCAGGACGCAAGGACUCCGCCAGAACUCCAAUCCACUUUACUUCUUCCCUGUUGUUUAAUAUUACACUCCGGUCUUAAAAGACUAAUGAUAUAGCGAUGGGAUGAUAUCUCAAGACCGUCCCCAGCUCCCCCAGCUUCACCCCGCACGAGCUGACCGUAGUUCCAUUCUCCACAAGGAGCUAGACCAUUGCGAAAUUAGAUAGACCCCGAUUCAUUCAGUAGAGAGCUACAAGGCUGGUUUCCCUUUAGGAGAGGAAAUAAAUAGACACGAUGGCGUCCUUGCUUGCAGUACUCUCAACCCACCAAGUCACACAAUCCCCCUACACCCACAACAAGAACAUCCUUCAACUAAGAAAGGAGGCUAUCUUCGUCGAAGCAGCAAAUAAAUUAUUUAUCAGUAGAAAAUAUGUCAACCGAAAAAGAAGAUGUGUAUACAACAGGGAGGGAUAGUAAGCAAGCCGAGGGCAAGGACUUGCUGCAUGACGAAACACAUGUCUCGGAGGCUAAGCACGCCGCGGAUGUUGAGCAGAAAAUGUCACUUCUCGAGGCUAUCAAGCUCUACCCGAAGGCCAUCGCUUGGUCUGUUUUGCUCUCAUCCACGCUCAUCAUGGAAGGCUACGACUUGGCGCUACUAAGUAGCCUCUAUGCCUCGCCGGUAUUUAACAAGAAAUUCGGUACUUACAGCGCGGACAAGGACAAAUGGGUCUUGUCCGCCGCGUGGCAGUCAGGAUUGUCCAACGGCGCACGCGCCGGCGAGAUCCUCGGCCUCAUCCUUGCUGGUUGGAUAUCGGACCGCUAUGGGUACAAGAUCACGACAAUUGGGUUUCUAAUAUCGAUGAUCAUGUUCAUAUUCGUACUAUUCUUCGCCCCUAAUGUACAAGUACUUGUUAUAGGUGAAGUACUAUGCGGUAUCCCCUGGGGUGCUUUUCAGUCCGUUGCUCCAGCAUACGCAUCUGAAGUCGCCCCCGUCGUCCUUAGGCCGUACCUGACAACAUUUAUUAACAUGUGCUGGGUCAUUGGCCAAUUCUUCGCGGCCGCCGUGAACAAAGGGUCCGUUGGUCGCCUUGACGAAUGGGCAUACAGAAUUCCAUUUGGAGUCCAAUGGGUCUGGCCUGUGCCUAUUCUUGCCGGCUUGGUAUUCGCCCCGGAAUCUCCGUGGUGGUAUAUUCGAAACGGUAAUCGGGAGGCGGCUAGGGCGUCUUUGUUGAGAUUAACAUCGCCAAACGACUCGAGCUUCAACGCGGACGAGACCAUAGCUAUGAUCGAACACACCAACGAGCUUGAGAAGCGGACGAAGCAAGGCCUCACCUAUCGAGAUUGCUUCAGGGGAAUUGACCUGCGAAGGACCGAAAUCGUCGUCGGCAUCUGGCUCGUGCAGACGCUCGGAGGUCAAAACCUUAUGGGCUAUUUCCCCUACUUCCUAACCCAAGCAGGAUUGGACGCUUCCAACUCCUUCUCUCUUUCUAUGGGACAAUACGCACUGGGUAUGGUUGGCACGGCCGGCUCCUGGUUCCUCAUGUCUCGAAUGGGUCGGCGUACCAUCCACUUUAGCGGACUCUGCUGUCAGCUUCUCAUUCUGAUCAUCGUCGGUUCUCUCUCGUUCCCUGGGACGAAUGGUUCCGUGUGGGCGAUCGGUGGGAUGUUGAUUGUAUUCACGUUCGUUUACGACUUCACGGUCGGACCCGUCACAUAUUCUUUGAUCUCGGAGUUAUCCUCGACACGGCUGAAAGCUAAAACGAUUGUACUCGCCCGUGUUGCUUACAACGCAAGCAAUAUCUUCGUGAAUGUCAUGACCAAUUAUCAACUCUCAUCCACAGCCUGGAAUUGGGGUGCAAAAACCGCGUUUUUUUGGGCAGGGACUUGUUUGAUAUCCUCCAUUUGGGUCUUUUUUCGAUUGCCUGAACCUAAAGGACGAACAUACGCCGAAUUGGACCUACUCUUCGAGCAUCACGUCUCAGCACGCAACUUUUCCAAGACGAAGAUAGACCCAUUCUCGCAGCGGGGUGACGAUGCUAUCAAGAGGGUAUCGACAGACGGGGAGCCAGGGAAGGAGAUAAACCAAGCAUAACUGCAGAUGCUGGUUUACAUUAAAUAAACACCCAGUGUAUCAUAGUUAAUAUGUCAACAGAAAGUAUGUAGCGCCUUUUAAAUUUCAG